UCAAUGGAGAAACGACUCCGUUCGUCGCUGCAAUCCUCCGCCGAAGAAUUCCUCUCAGUCGUGACCAAAUUGCCGCUUAAAUCUUCCAAAGCCGCCAUCAAAAGCUCGGUCAGCACCUUAAUUAAACCCUCGUCGGAUCUAAUUUCCACUCUCCCCCUCACUCUCCGAGAUUCCAUUUCGCGCUCCAUUUCCAAAUUCAAAAGCCACUCCGAUUCCUCCUGCGCGGCGGCAUCUCCAUUGACGCCUCCGGCGAAGCGUGUCCGCAGAUCUGCUAGGAACAAGAGAGACGAUGGCGACGAUAAUGGAGGACUGUCUGCCGCCGAGAAAAUCCAGGUUUAUACCUACGUCUUGCACCUAUGCGUCUUCCAUCCGAAGAAUGUGUUCACCGUUUCUGAUUUAUUGCCUGCCGCGCAAGAGCUGCAUGAUAAUUUGAUUCUGUUCGAGUCUGACUCGAGUUUGCUUUCGGAUAUCGCUAAUCUAUGUGAAGAGUGGUGGAAGGCGGGUUUAUUGGGGAAAGAAACCCUAAUUUCUCAAUCCUUGCCAGUUAUUUUGUCGCGCUCUCUGACUUUGAAGAAGAAAGUGGAUGUCCACAGAGUUUAUAGUCUUCGAGAAGCUUUCUCGUUGUUUGAUUUUGAGGAUGAGAGCAUCGAGGACUUGAAACAUCUGCUUAUUCGCUGCAUGAUUUCACCUCUGUACUUGAAGACAGAGGAUGGUAGGAAAUUCAUCGCUUUUCUGUUCGGUCUUAGCAUGCAGCUCAUUAAGGAAUUGUGUGCGAUGAUAAAAUCGCAGAUCCCGUUUGGGCGAAAAUCAAUGUUAGAGGCAUAUGGUGAAAUACUCUUUAGAGGAUGGAAGACGGUGGAGAGUGAACGCAAGGAGGAGAUUGAGAAUGGGUUCUUACAAGAGUUAGUGGAGGGUGCUAUAUACGCCAGCUCGCCAGAAUUAGCAGCGUCGAUUAGAAGGAUUUUAUGGGCCUUUGUUCAGCAGAGAACGACAGAGGGAGUAGAGAAACUGAUAUUUCGUUUGGCGGAGCCAGUGGUUUUCCGGUCACUACAGGUUGCUAACUCAAAUGUUCGCCAGAAUGCGUUGCACUUACUUUUGGACCUGUUUCCUUUGGAAAAUCCUGAUGCUACUAAGGAGGCUAAAGAUACACUACUGGAAAAGCAAUUUUUUCUGUUGGAGAAGUUACUCUCUGAUGAAUGUCCAGAUGUGAGAGUUGUAGCAGUAGAAGGCAUUUGUCGAACUCUUCACCUGUUUUGGGAAGUUGUUCCUUCACCUACCAUUACAAAGAUGAUUACCAGAAUUUUUGAUCACAUGAUUUAUGAUGCUUGCACUGAGGUCAGACUCUCAACAGUGAAUGGCAUUAUAUAUUUGCUUGGCAAUCCUCAGUCUCAUGAGGUCCUUAAAGUGCUUUUACCAAAACUUGGGAAUCUGAUUACGGAUUCUACAUCAGUAGUACGUGCUGCUGUUGCUGAUCUCCUUCUCCUGUUAAACGACAUUCGGAAUUUUCAUUUCCAUAAGGUAGUUCCCCUGGAUGUAUUGAUUUCAGCUCUUGUCGACGACCAAGCAGUUAUUGCAAGGAAAAUCACAAGACUUCUUGUACCAUCUUAUUUCCCCUCCAAAGUGACUGAGGAAGAAGCAUGUAAGCGUGUUAUCACUCUUAUGAAAAGGUCUCCUACGGCUGGAGCGAGAUUUUGUGAGUUUGUAGCACUGGAAGGAGCUUCUCUGAGAUCUCUUAUGAGACUUUUUAAAGUAUUUAUUGGUUUGAUUGUCUCAUCUGCUAAGCUUAGUGAAGAGCAGAUAGAGGGUUUACUUGUUGCCUCUUCUCACCUUUGUACUGUUCUUUCGAAGGAUGCAUCUCUCCUGGCAGCCCUCAAGGAAGAGUUGUCUGCAAAAAAUUUAAAGGCCCUUUUUGCUGUUGCUUCCUCUACACGUGCUCAGUCUUCUGUCUGCAACAUUAUAUCACUUGCAUCUCCAGAUGCUGCAGGUGACCUUUUUGAAAACUGCAUGGACUUGAUCAAAAAAUACAGCAGUUUACUAGACGAUACCGAAAAGCAAGCUGAAGUGAGGCAUGCCCAUAAGAUGAUUGUAUCGAGUGGUUGGUUUGAUGACAUGUUUGAAGAUAUGGUUGGAUUUCUGCAAAGAGCUGCCCACGGUUGCCAUGUAAAAUUUGGAAUAGGUUUAGGAAAAGAAAGUACAAAUUCCACCACAAGAACCAAGAAAGGAUCUUCUACGAAAAUUUCAUCGAAGUUGAAACAUGGCAAAGGUAAAAAACCAUCUGCCACUAGUGAAAACAGAUUUUUAGAAGAUUAUGCUCUUGCUGUGGGGCUUGCAUGGCAGAUCAAGGACUUGCUUCUGUCUGACGGUACAAGGAAAGCUAUAUUAGGUUCUCGAAACUUAAAACAUGCAUACUCAGCGUUGAAGGUCAUUUCUGAAGCGAGUAUUCUGCAUUCCUUGCAGUACGAAGAUUUAAACACAUUUCCUGUUUCUGCAUACACAGCUCUGACUCUGCAUAUGUCUCUUCAUAAUGUCAAGGCAGAUGUAAGUGGGGACCCUACUCAGGAUAACUCCUCAGAUUUGACGCUGAACCAUCUGCUUGACUGUGCAUAUAACCUAUUCAAAUCCAAAAAUGACAAGAAGUCUGGCAAGUGUACUUCAGGUUCAUCACCUCACACUAGCAAAAUACAACCUGAAUCCAGUACAAGUACACAAGAAUGUCAAACAGGUACCAGUUUGACAAAACAAAUAAAUAUAAAUACAAUUAAGGGGUUAACUUCAAUUCUGAAGUUCAUAGUUGAUGCAACUGCAAUGGACCUUGUUCCUCGCUAUCAAGAUAGAUGCUUGACUUUCACCACUGAAAAUCUGAGAUUCGUCAUUACAAAUUUGAAUGAAAUAUCCACGGAUGAGUCACAGCUCUUCCAAGAUGACCUGAAAGAUCUAAUUAUUUGUCUGAAGAGUUCAUUCACAUAUGGAGCCAAGUUAGUUAGCGUAGUGCUUAAAGCUGGUGAAGUUUCAUCUCUUCAGCAAGGAGCUUACUCUCUUGCGAAUGAACUUCUCAAUCUCCUAGUUGCAGUCGAAGAGCAUCUUGGGUACGCAUGCGCUGCUCGUUUCUCCACAGUUGUUGAGCCAUGGCUUCCUGAUCUGGCUCUAGCUCUGGGAUCCAGCUGCUUGCUGGAGCAGAAUACGGAUGAGGGGUUAACUUUUGAUUCAUCCAAGAAUCCCACACUGCAUGUCCCUUCUUGGUUUCACACACUAGCAAGGAUUGAGCUUUGUGAACUUAGAAGCACUGGCUCAACUGAGGAGAUUGAGCAUCCAAAUGACUUUCUAGCAUUCAAGGGACUCGUCGAAACAAUGUCAAAGCUACUGGGUGUGAAUGCUGAAAUACUAGAUGCUGUGGGAGUUACAUUCUUAACUGGUUCACUAAGUGCAUUACGAAGCAAGAAUCUCGACACGGUCUUUGGUGUUCUGCAUUUUGUUUGUAGGAAACUAAUCAGAGCUCAGGACUGGAAAGAACUCAAGUUCAUGCUGGCAUCUGUCGAAAAGGUCUACGGCGAGCUGGAGAGGGAAGCUGACAAGGAAGAUAUCAGUGAGGAUGAUAGGCAAAGGUUAAAUAGUGCAAAGACAUUGCUUGAGCCUGUCUGGACUUCAUUUAUUUAUGAACAAGGGAGGCAUUCAAUGGAGGAGGAAUGACACCUAGCUAGGUUCAACAUUAUUAUUAUCUUUUUUUAUAAAUGUUAGAAUUGUGUAUUCUUACAGCGCAGUUUAUUUUGUAAUAAUUUUGAAAUUAGUUUUUUAAUCCAAAGAUGGUGGUGUUGUAUUUAAACCUUCCAUCGUGUAUUAUU